UACCACCUUGUACCCGAUCCGAAGGCAGUGCUGUACAUGAAUCGUAUCCUGAAACAUAUGUUCAUCAAACCAAGCAGAUCUUCAUCGUGAAUUCAGGAUAUUUCUGGACACGCAAGUACAAAUACUCAGCAACUGCAAUCAGUUGAUCUGACCUUAAAUAUUGUCUUGCUCAUCGCCCUCGUUCUGAUAUCCGCCCCGUUCGCUUCGAUCUCUUAGUCCCGUUUCAAUCAGUCUCUUCAGCCAUCGUCGCUGGCCGACUUUUACAAUCUCUCCAACUUUCAUUCGCCCAACACUCGUUUAUUCCUAGCCCGUCAACGUCAGAAUUAUUCUCACCAUGAAGCUCAUCACCGGUGUCGUGCUCGCCCUCGUCUCUGUGGCUAUGGCUUAUCCCACGGCCGUCAACAACAAUGCUCAAGUUGUGAGACGUCAGGACCUUCAGCAUCAAGUUGAUCCCAGUGUACCUGCCAUGUCAGAUGCGAGCGGCAACGUCGUACCAUUCAACAGCACUUCGGUUUAUGAAGCUGCCACUGCCAACGGGCAAUGAGGCCAAGGAACGAAAAGGGAAUGAACGAUACAUAUGCAGCCCGAUGUUCACGGGGCAGGGCUAUUGGGGGGAUGACAGAAGCGCCAUGGCGUGCCCGAGAUCGUAAGGGAGAGGCUGUAAUGAGGAUAUUCAACCACCGCAGGACGGAAUUGAGGAUGACCUAGGAGAUUGGUCUC